AUGCUCGUACAACAUCUUGCACAAAAUCUUAAUAUUAUCUCGAAAACAACUCGUCAACAUACACGUCAACAACGUUUAUUAUUGAUCGAACUGAAAGAAUUAAUCAUUCAAUUUUAUCAACGAGAUGAUAUUACCUAUCAAUUACCUGGUAAACGUGAUUAUGUCACAGUCACAGAUGAUAAUGGUGAAUCAAUGACAUUACAAACACGAAUUUUAUUAUAUAACAUACGUGAAACAUAUCAAUUAUUUGUUAAUGAAUAUUCGAAUAAAAAUGUCGACUUGUCAUUAACUUCAUUUAAUGAAUUACGUCCAGUGAAUAUAUUGAUACAUUCUUACAUGCCUCACCGUAGUUGUUUAUGCAUUUAUCAUGAGAAUGUAAAUUUGUUGAUAAAACCAUUGUCAAAACAUAUUAGUUGUGAUGGUUUAAAUUCACUUCAAGAAUUCACGUCGAUGUUCGUUUGUGAUGAACAAGAAGAAAAAUGUAUGUUUAGUUGUUGCCAUUUAUGUUCACAUAAUUUUGAUAAUAAUAUUAUGAAAAAUGUAAUUAAUCCAACCAAACGUAUUCAAUGGUUUCAAUGGGUUUUACAAGAUGGAAAAACAAAAAAAAUUGAAUUUAAUGAUGCAAUUAAUCAAUGUUUAUUAACUUUAAAGGAAAAAAUUGAACCAUUCUUGAACCAUGUUUUUAUUAAACGACAACAAGCUGCAUUUUUUGAAAAAAUGAAAAUUAUUUCAAAUGAUGAAAUUAUUUGUAUACAGGUGGAUUUUAGUGAGAAUUUUCGUUUAUGUAUGCAAAAUGCUGUUCGAAAUUCUUAUUAUUCUCAAGAUGCUGUAUCUUUAUUUACUACUUAUGUGUGGUAUGCAGGUGGUGGUGGUGAAUCUUUCGUGUACAUUUCCAACAACUUAACACAUGAUAAAUACUGUGUCAAUGCUUUAAUUGAUAAUUUACUCAAACAAUUAACCCAACGAUUCCAACAUCUACAACAAAUUCAUAUAGUUUCGGAUGGAUCAAGCCAGCAGUUCAAACAGAAAUUUUUGUUUCGAAAUGUAUGUCGUUUGUCACAACAACAUAAGGUAAACAGCGAUAUUGAUUUUUAG